AUGGAGCCCCGCCAAACUCGUUCGCGGACCGCGCAGGCCGCACAGCCCUCACAACCACCCAAGCAAGCUGCCUAUGCGCAAGCUUCGAAUCCCGUCGAGCACACCCCGCAAGAGCAACGGACAUCGGGGACUCAGACACAUCAGUACGGAGACGCGGUUCCCUCGAUCACACGCGGGGCGAGUUCGAAACCAUCGAGCGACGAGGCACGAGCUCGUCUUGAGGAGCAGCACAGACAGGAACAGCGCGAAAUGCGAAACCACGCAGUGGAUUUGGAAUACGGGGUUGAAGAGCAGCCUUCGGAGGGAUACAUUGCCGACUCCGUCGAGCGGAAAGGAAUGGGACAGCAUCGUGCCCAAGCUGGUGCCCAUGCGGGUCCCGUCGGCAGUGCGAAGGGACCGGGACACCCUGGUUUUGGAGCCCAGCCAGAUCUCGCAGCGAGGAUGGAUGAGAAAAGAGCCGAGCAUGACCGAGUCCUGGGUGAAAGAGUAGGGCAGAGUCCUGCGCCUCCGGAUCAUGAGGUUGCGGAGAGAGAGGCUGUCAGGCAACGCAAGUUGCAGCGGAACGAGAACGUGGAUGCAGAGGAGGCCGUUAAGAAGGCGACGGGAGAUCCAGUGGUGGCAAGUCACUGA